AUAAUUAGUUAAAGGUUAUUCGAUUUUUGUUGACAUCGAAGUAGCGUCUGAAAUUUUCUGAGAAUCGUUUAUCAGUCUAUCAGACAAAUUCUACUGGUUAUCAGACAUCUUUUGGGGAAUCCAAGACGGUUUAUUACGAUAACCGAGGUUUAAGACAGAAAGUUCGUUCAGGUCCUUAUCAACAUGUACAGCAUGAGAAAUGCCGGCAAUAUCAAUUAUGAAACUACACUAGGCCUGUUCAGUCAGCUUAAUACAGAAGAAUUGAAGGAAUUCCUUAAUAAUGAUUCAAAAUUAGAAGAUUUAAUCAAAGACGACAAACAAUAUAAAGAUAUUGAAAAAGAGAAGGAAAUAAUCAUGGUGUCCAACAGGUCACUGGCAGAGUUCAACCUCUCAAAAGAACCAUUUAUGGUUAGUCUUAAAGCACAGCUGCAAGAGCUGAACGAAAACUGUGAAGUUCUUUACAAAAGUGUUGAAAACAAAUAUAACGAAAUUUUGAACAAGCAGGGGACAAAUCAGCUCGAUGCAAAACUUUCACUCUUGCAAACAGCGGCUGCCGAAAUAGAAGAAGAGUCCGAAAAGCUUUCGGAGUCUUUUUUGAACGGUGACAUGGAAUUGGACGACUUUUUAGAACAGUUCAUAUCCAGGAGGAAAAUAAUGCACCUGCACAAAGUCAAAUCAGAUAAAAUGGCUGAGAUUAUCAACCAGCAGAAUCAAAUAAUGAACAGCACCAACAAUCCCAUAUCAUACAGCAUGCCACAGAACAGUUACAAUGGUGGUAUAAGAUACGGUUAUUAAAAUUAAUUAAUACUUAUAAAACAUACCUAGUAAUUAUUUUAAAAAUAAAUCUAUUUUUUAUAUCGUACCAA